UAUUCCUACGGUAAGACUUUUUUUCAUUCUUUUCAUUUUCACUUAAUUAAAAAAAUUAUGCGAAAGAAUGAGAAGUACCGAACUAAAUAAAAGAAGUAUAUAAUAGAACGGGAGUUAGCGAGGAGUCAACCUAUAAUUCUCCACUUGAGAUUCGAUUUGUUUUGUUUUUUCUUUCUUUCCCCUUCUCCCUCCUCAUUCACUCUUCCUCUGCUGAUUAAUAAUCAUAUCUACCCACUUCAUAACUCUUAAUUCAUUCUCUUUUUGCUCUCCAACAUUUCUUCUUAACUCCUCCUCUUUAUAUCAAUCUACAUCUCUCUCUUUUUCUCCCCCCCUCUUAAACUUACAUUGAUUUCUCAUUUCUUUGUUCUUCUUCAAGUACAGUUAUCAGAUUAUGGGUUUUCAAGUUAUUGAUGGUGAUGAUAAUCUUUGCAAUAUAGGUUUGGGUCUUGGACUAAACACUACUUAUGAUCAAAACGAAUUGAAAUCUCAAGAUCAUGCUGAUCAUGGAAAGGAACUUAUUCGAAGAUUCAAGUUAGAGCCAUCAAUAUUAACAUUAGGUUUUUCAUCAUCUGAUAAUAAUAAUCAUCUAGUUGAAGCAGUAGACAGAAGGAAUUAUACUCCAUCUUUAUCUUCUCCUAAUAGUGCUUUAUCUAAUUCUUUCUCUAAUAAUAAUACUAAUAGCAGUUUCAAAAGAUCAUCUCCAUCAUCAGUAAUUAAAAGAGAGAAAGAAUUGUUACUGGUAGUUGGUUAUCAUGAAGAAAUGGAAGUUGAGAAAGUAGUUAAUUCUUCAUCAAGAGUUGUAGCCAGUGAUGAAGAUGAUGAAGGUAGUGCAAGAAAAAAGCUGAGACUAACUAAAGAACAAUCUUCUCUUUUAGAAGACAAUUUUAAAGAGCACAGUACUCUUAAUCCUAAACAAAAACAAGCUUUGGCCAAACAGUUGAAUCUAAGGCCAAGACAAGUUGAAGUUUGGUUUCAGAACAGAAGAGCAAGGACAAAGUUGAAGCAAACUGAAGUGGAUUGUGAGUUUUUGAAGAAAUGCUGUGAAACUUUAACAGAAGAAAAUAGAAAGUUACACAAGGAACUACAAGAAUUGAAGGCCUUGAAAUUAUCACAUCCACAGUCAAUGUACAUGCAACUUACUGCAGCCACACUCACUAUUUGUCCAUCCUGUGAGAAGAUCGGUGGUGGUGGUGGUGCCGGGGACGGUACGGAUGGUCCCGCCAAGAAUUCACUUACUAUGGCCCCCGGUAAACCUCAGUUUUAUAAUCCAUUCCAGCAACACCCGUCGGCAGCUUGUUGAAGUCGCUAGUGGAACUAGUACUAUGCAAUACGUGCCCUGACGGCCUGACCCUCUCUGUUUUUUUGUUUAGGGUGUUGGGUUCGUUCUAUAUGACACUAUGUAUGAAAUCUCCUUCUUAUUUUGAAUUUUCUUUUUUUUUGGUUUGUUCGAAAUAUAUACUUAGAUGUAAUCUAACUAAAUAUUAAUCUGUAACUAUAUAAAGAAGUUAAAUGCUUAGUAUUACUGUCACUUAGUAUGAUCAGAUAAUAAUACAAAUUUUAUGCGUCUCAAAA